AUGACCCAAAUCACUAAGAUAAAUAAUCAUCAACCAUUUAUUCCAAAUUAUUUACGAGAUACUUGGAUAGACAAACAUAAUAAAACUUCUUUUAGUCCUAUACAUUUGCCUUCACGCUGGAAUCCCAACGAAUGUUCAACCAACUUGAAGAUUCAAGAUGGUUUUAGACUUUUAUAUACAGGGCUUGGACGAAAUAUUUGGGAUACCGGUGCUGUAAGAGCUAAUUGUCCAAUUCCUUUUGAAACCGGAAUAUAUUAUUUUGAAAUGGAGGUUAUUGAUAUGGGAGAAAGGGGUAAUAUUGGAUUGGGAGUUGGAAAGAAAAGUUGUCCUCUCAAUAGAAUGCCAGGAUGGGAAAGAGAUUCAAUUGGAUACCAUGGUGAUGAUGGUCCAAUUGGUAGAGAUUAUGGUGCCUUAUAUUCGACAGGGGACACGGCCGGAUGUGGUAUUAAUUACUUGGAUGGAACCGUAUUUUUUACAAAGAAUGGAAUUCAUCUAGGGAUCGCAUCAACAUAUAUAUUUGAUGGUGAUUUGUAUCCAACUGUUGGUUUAAUAAGCCCCAACGAAUGUAUUGAAAUAAAUUUUGGAAUGAAGCCGUUUGAAUUUGAUAUUGAUCAAUAUGCUAAGUAUGCAUUUGCUGAUGCUGAAAAUCAAAGGGACAAGAUAAAGAAAGAUUCGAUACUUUCAUUUUAA